UCUACUCGUAAACUGUUUAAAAACCUUCACUAUACGAACUGUGAGAUAUGUUUAUGCUCACUAACAACACUAGUUCUGCAGCACUGAGCCUGACCUGCUCACGCUAGCUUUCAUUAAGUGCCCCUGGGACACGUGCUGAAGCAGCUUCAAGCGGAGGGUUCACAGUAAGGCCAUCACUAGGGGGGCUCAGAGGAACAGUUGUUCCCACCCCUGGCUGCAUGUUGGAAUCACCUAGGAGCUUUAAUAACACUGAGAUUUGGGCCUCAGUCCCAGAGAUUUUCAUGUGACAGAUCUGGGCAACAGUGGUCCAGCUCUCUCUCCUGAUGAUUCUGAUGUAUAAUCAAUGUUUUGAGAACCACCACUCUAAAAAGGAAUACUAAAUAGAUGGGGACAUCUGGUGAAUUCUUUUUUUUUUUUUUUAAGCUAUUUUUAAAAUUUUAUUUAUUUAUUUUGAGAGAGAAAGAGUGAGCAGGGGGAUGGGCAGAGAGAGAGGGAGAGAGAGAAUCCCCAGCGGGCUCAGCGCUGUCAGCGCAGAGCCUGAUGUGGGGCUCGAUCUCAUCAACCUGUGAGAUUAUGACCCCAGGCGCUGAGCCACCCAGGCACGCCUGGUGAAUUCUCAUAAUACCAUGUCACUGGCCCCAGAGUUAAGCCUGUUCCUUGGAGAAAGAGGAACCAGAUGCAAGGGCUGGAACCAGAUAAAAUUUUUUAAAAAAUAAGAAAUUAUCAUCACAGCAGGCCACAAGUCAGCAUUAGGGUUGAUGAAUUAUUGCUGUUGGCUUCUUUAUGCUUUCCUCCAGCCCAGAAUUAUCUGGGCCAGCUGAGGCCAGGGUUAUCUCAAUUCUUGGGUUUCCGACAGAGAUGUCAAGGGAAGGACUAUGGAAACCAGCACCUGCCCAGCCUGGAAGGGAUACAGGAAGGGUGUGUGUGUGUGUGUGUGUGUGUGUGUGUGUGUGUGUGUGUUCUGUUAGGAAGGAAGCAAUCAUCAUUUACUCAAUGUCUCCCCAGAGGAUGGCUCAUUAGGUCCUCAAAACAAGUCAGGGUCCAGGCACUUGCUGGAGGUACGGAGUUUUGGAAAGGGAAGAGCAGCUUCCAAGCCCCUGGCUGUGGGGCUUGGAGCCCAAGCCAGCCUCUGCUGAUACCCCUCCCUGCACCAAAGUCUACGCCUGACCCCGGCCAUUCACUGCAUUUCUAGGACUACCAGUUCUCAUGUGCAAAAUGAGUGGAUGGGAGUAAGUGGGUUUUAAGCUUAAAAGAAUACCUGGUCAGGCCAAGAAGUCUGGUAUCAAGACUGUACCACCGAUAAGCUGCUCUUUCAUCCGGGCGCAAAACAAUAACAAGCAGCAAGUGACUCUUGUGUCAACCCUGUGCUUGGCGCUGGUUUAGUGUUAAUUUAUGUAAUCUCCCCAACCACUCCAUGAGGUGGGUGCUGCUGUGAUCCCUUUUCAGCGAAGAAGAAAGGAGGUACCAAGAGGUUGGUGAGUUGUGAAAGUUCCCAGGGCCAGUGUGAGAGAGCAAGGGCCAGGCCUCAGGCUCCAGUGACUGACCCUAUCUGGUCUCUUAGGCUGGAAAGUGUGUGUUUCUGGGACCUGAAAGUCCCAAGCUCCAUUCGCUGCAGUCAUGCCCAGGGACCCCGCAGUUGGGUGGUAGCCAGGUUACGCUGUCCAGGUAGACUCGCCCCUUAAAGAUGCUGACUCCAUCCUGAGAAGCAGGAGCACCUCACACACCAGUUCACACCUCUCGAGGGGUGAGGGGCUCACCGGCCUUUUCUCACAGACAGCUGCAGUCUUCAGCCUCAGCUUCAGGAGAAUAUGAAAGUGUUACUCAGGCUUUGUUUCAUAGCUGUACUGAUUUCUUCUCUGGAAGCCGAUACUUGUGAGGAACGUGAAGAAAAAGUAGUUUUAGUUUCAUCUGCGUAUGAAAUUGAUGUUCGUUCAUGUCUUCUUAACCCGAACGAAAAGAAAGGCACUAUAAUUUGGUAUAAAAAUGACAGCAAGACACCUAUAUCUAUGGAAGUAGACUCCAGAAUUCAUCAGCACAAAGAUAAACUUUGGUUUGUUCCCGCUAAGGUAGAGGAUUCGGGACAUUACUAUUGUGCAGUAAGAAAUUCAACUUACUGCCUCAAAAUUAAAAUAGCUAUUAAGUUUGUGCAGCAUGAACCUAACUUGUGUUACAAUGCAGAAGCUAUAUUUACACAGAAACUACCCAUUGCAAGAGAUGGACAACUUGUGUGUCCUUAUUUGGAUUUUUUUAGAGACGAAAAACAUGAGUUACCCAAAAUACAGUGGCAUAAGGAUUGCAAACCUCUACUACUUGACAAUGUGAACUUUACUGGACUGACAAAUAGACUCAUCAUGACGAAUGUGACUGCAGCACAUAAGGGGAACUAUACUUGUCAAGCAUCCUAUACAUACUUGGGAAAGCAGUAUCGUAUUACCCGGGUUAUAGAACUUCUCACUCUAGAGGAAGACAAGCCUGUGAAGCCUAUAAUUGUGAGUCCAACUAAUGAGACAAUAGAAGCAAGUCUGGGAUCCAGGCUACAGUUGAUCUGCAAUGUCAGUGGCCAGUUGAGUGACUUUGUCUACUGGAAGUGGAAUGGGUCAUUAAUUGAUGAAGACGACCCAGUGUUGGUGGAGGAUUAUUUGCCAGUGGAAAAUCCUUCAACCAAAAGAAAGAACACAAUCAUCACAGUACUUAAUAUUUCAGAAGUGGAAAGUAGAUUUUAUCUAUAUCCAUUUACCUGUGUAGCCAAGAAUACAGAUGGUAUAAAUUCAGCAUAUAUCCAAUUGAUACAUCCAGUCCCUGAUUUCAAGAAGCACACAAUUGGUGUGUUUGUCAUGUUAACUCUAGUAAUUACAUGCUCUGUUUUCAUCUACAAAAUCUUCAAGGUUGACAUUGUGCUUUGGUACAGGGAUUCUUGCUAUGAUUUUCUCCCUCCAAAAGCUUCAGAUGGAAAGACCUAUGAUGCAUAUAUACUAUAUCCAAAGACCCUUGGGGAAGGGUCCACCUCGAACUCAGAUAUCUUUGUGUUUAAAGUCUUGCCUGAGGUCUUGGAAAAACAGUGUGGAUAUAAGCUGUUCAUUUAUGGAAGGGACGCCUAUGUUGGGGAAGACAUUGUUGAUGUCACUAAUGAAAACAUAAAGAAAAGCAGAAGACUGAUCAUCGUUUUGGUCCCAGAGGCAUCAGGAUUGGGCUGGCUGGAGAAUUCAUCUGAAGAGCAGAUAGCAAUGUACAAUGCUUUCAUUCAGGAUGGGAUUAAAGUUGUCCUGCUUGAACUGGAGACGAUCCAAGACUAUGAGAACAUGCCAGAAACCAUUAAAUUCAUUAAGCAGAAACAUGGGGCCAUACGCUGGUCAGGGGACUUUAGAGAGGACGUGCAGUCUGCAAAGACAAGGUUCUGGAAGAAUGUUAGGUACCACAUGCCUGUCCAGCGGCAGCCACCUUCAUCCAAACACCAGUUACUGUCCUUGGCCAUGAGACCAGACUCGAAGAAAAAGCUUCAGAGGGAGGUGCAUGUGCCUCUCGGGUAGCAGGGAGAAGCUUGGCCAAGAGUUCCUUGGGUGACUCCUGUCUUCUGGCAUUGCAGGCCAGGCUGUGCCCUCACUGACUGUACAGUCAUAAAAUGCACGUGUAGAGUCUCUUAUCCUUGAGGUCACCUGGAAUCGGAUUGCUAAGGGAGUAGGAUGUGGUGACAAUAGCAGGUCAGGGCAAUUCAGAGCUGAGAGCUUGGCAGUCCCUUUUAAAAGGUAACAAAUGCCCUGUCCAAAUGUUUGAACUGCUGAGAACAGGCACCAGGACAGCAAAUGAGAGGAAAGAACAAUCAGGAAAUAUUUAUCAUCUAUAAAUGUUUUUAUGGAGCUGUCCACAGUCCAAGGAGGGCGGCUAUGACCCAGCCCCCGGGGAUAGCAUGGUCACUGGCCCCCCCAGAGGCUUUCCUUGGCAGUGCUGCAGGCAAAGUGAGACUGGUAUUUCACAGAGGAGGGAAGAAGUAUGCUUGGAGAACUUUCCAUUUGCUUCGCACUUUCCCUACCCAUCAACAGCCAGCAGUCUGUUUCCAGAGACUGAAUUUCAUUUCACAGCCCUUUAAAAUUCUCAUUUCAGUGAAAAAAGGAUUGCAUGUUUUUGAAAUCACCUUAGCUUUCUGCUGGAGAGAGGGCAUUUCAAAAGCAGGAGUAGCAGAGAAUAGAUCCACUCUGGACACCUUCCCCCCUGGAAUGACCCUUCUGUAGCACCUUCCUCUUGUGCAUUCCACUUGACUCAUCAUGUCUUUGGAAGGACAGCUUCCCAAUCCCUUCCUCCCCCCUCUCUGUCACACACCUGGUCCACGGAUUACCCUUCCUUCAUAAAAUGCUGCUCCAAGCUCCUCCUGUUCCUACUGAAAACACCUCUCCUGGUUUAGGACCUAAAGCCCAAUUACGCAUUUGCAUUUCACCACUGCUGCCCCCAAACCCCCAGUCUGUCCGCACAGCUGUGCCUCUCACUGUCCAGCUCUGUGAACUCCCAGGUCGGCCUUUGCGCACUUCUACACCUGCCCCUAGUGUUCCUUCAUCUCUGCUUCUCCUUCCAGUCUCCUCCGACCAGAAUGUCUUCUGGAAUUUUCUCCAACCCCCCAGAGUUGUAUGAAAUUCAAAAUUUACCCCAACUCUGUUUCUCUAAGAGACUUCCCCAAGAAACUGCCCUGAGACACCUGCUCUCUGCUCUGAGUCUGAUAGCACUUAGUCUGCUGGCCGUCACUUUAUGAGAAGGUGGUUCUGUGUCCCAACUAGAGAGACCCUGCUCUCUGCAGGAGGGGCUGUCUCUUGUAGUCUGCGGUGGCUUCACCAGUAAUUAGCACAUGUGACAUAGAUUUGUGUGGGGCUUUCUUGUUGAAAACUGUCCACAGAUUCUCAUAUUUAAGUUUUACAAUCAUCCUAAUUUUAUAGAGAAAAGAAGUGACCUAUUUUUUGUUUUGUUUUGUUUUGUUUUUGUUUGUUUUUUGUUUUUUAAAUCACGCUUAGUGCUGUCAGACGUAGGGCUUCUGGCUCCGUCGCUGGCUUCUUAGUGCAGUGUCCUGAACGCUUGACUUCAGGUCAUUGAGUGUCCCCUUCGCCCCUACCCUGGCACUUUUGUGAGAAGAAAUGACUGUUUUCUGAGAUGGUGGCUGAGUCUAGAGAUGCUGUCUUUAAGAAGCCAAAUUCUAAACUUUUGAGUGUUGGAAUUUACAAAAAUUGUUUUGAGUUUACGGAAAACAUUUCUGCUGUCAUAUAGUCUUUCCCAAAAGGUAGAUAUUUCUUAGUGAAUUAAAAAUGAAAGCAAGUUGCUGUUUUGGUCUAGGACACGGUUUUUUAAAACGUGAUGAUAGUCCUUAGAGAAACCCUGGAAAACUGCAAAGCCAAGUUCAUGUGCCAUUUGCUGAGGGGCACGGGCGCCAUUUUUAGAAGUUGCGUGAACAUGGACAGGCCCUAUGUUUUUUUUUAUUUUUUAUGCUUAAUGCUAUGGGUGAACACAGUCUUAUAUAGCAUAUUUUUUCCCCCUGAAAGCAGUUAGAGCCAGACAGAAACAGAGUUGAAUGCUUUGCCUCUUCUCUUUCUACCUGCUUUUUCUUAGAUCCAAUCUGACAGCAUUGCGUAAUAGUGCUGUUUUGAGACUGUUGUUGUUGUUGUUGUUGUUUUUAAAAAACUGCCUUAUCUUUAUUUGCCAGCAUAUACACGAACUGUAGCCAGAAGUCUGUGGGGCUCGGGUGGGGGGGCUGUUAUGCCCCCAAAAGGCCUAUCAGAUGCUUAAAAAUUAUGUUGCUGAUCAUUUUUAGUCCGUCAUCUGUAAAAUAUACUUGCUAUGUAGUGUCACGAAAGCCAAUUCCAAACAUUAGACUUAGCAGCAAAGUUGGCCAGAAAGUAAGGAGUGGGGAGAACUACCAAGAAUUACCAGUGGCAUUUGCACCUGGAAUUUCUGGAGGGACAAGAAUCAGGGGAUGUGCCCUGGGACCAGGAGGAGCCCCAACAGGAAAGUGCAUGUCGCCUGUCACUCCCAGUCCUUCCAGGGGGGAUUCCGGGGGAAGGCGCUACACUCCUAGUUCCCUGGGAACUUCCUUUGUUUUAUUGUUUUCCCUGAAAACCUCUUUUAAGCUCUUCCUUUCAGGCCUUUCCCAUUAAUUAGAUUUUACUGCAUUAUCUGAUGGUAAUUUUUUUUUGUUUGUGUGAGUGUUUAAAGGAGAGUUUGCCAUAAAGCAUUUCGCUUCCAGUUGUCAAAAACUGGCUUAGCAGAAUUUAUAUCUUCCUUCUUCCACCUCCCUUUGUUUAUUUGCAAUAACAGAAAAGGUAGUGAGCCAUUUUUCUCAGUGGUAUUUUUGAUAAAUUAUAUUUUUAUUGGUUAAUGAUGAAGGGUUUUUAAAAACUUGUUUGUACAAUUCUAAGCAGAUACCAAGUAUUUUUAUAUAGUAAAACACCAGAUUCAUGUACAGCAUGUAUCACUGAUCGAUGGACUGUACUUGUUUUCCAAUAAAAUUGGCAAAAGCUGG